AUGAGCGAAGCUGAAGUAGAACGCUUCUUAGCCAAUCAAAGACAAAAAUGCGAGUUGUUUAAAGGUAUGUCCACAUUUGGCAACAUGAUGUCGGAGGCCACCGGAAUCAACUUAUUUGAACAUAACAUCACUGAUGAGGAACAAUUGGAAAAGUAUCGCGGUGUUGUCGAAACCAGUGUCAUCAUCGAGAGCAACGAAACAGAAAUUCGUCAAUGUCCGCCGUUCUUCGACGGUUUACUCUGCUGGUCGCGUACUGACGCACCAGGAACAGCCACUUUGCCCUGUCCACCGGCUUCGAUUAUGGGAUACAUCGAUCUCGCGAACGACAGCUUGAGAAAGCUUGCGGUGGCCAGCAAGGUCUGCUUGGCGAACGGCGAAUGGUACAAGAACUCGGACGGCAUCUCCUGGAGCAAUUACAGCCUGUGCGUGCUGAACAGCACGCGCCAUAUCGAGAAGAAUUACUUACCGUUGUACGAGACACCAGCGGAGUUUGAACUACUAAAUAAAUGGCUACCGAUUAUCAGAAUGAUAUCACAUAUUGGAUACAUUACUUCGUUUAGCACACUAAUCGUUGCUAUGGUGGUUUUUUCCUUACUUAGGAAACUCAGGAAUCCCAGAAAUAGAUUGCACAUGCACUUAUUUGCGUCCUUUAUCAUGAGAGCUUUUAUGGCACUCCUUAAAGAUUGGAGUUUCAUAGGCGGCAUCGGAUUAGCCUGGGACGUAGUAUUUGUCGAUGGAGAUAAUGCUUUUAUUAAGGAGGAAAAUACUUGGGUCUGCAAAGUUAUUACGAGUCUGUGGCAAUAUUUCAUCGUGGCAAACUAUUCAUGGAUCUUGAUGGAAGGAUUGUAUUUGCACAAUCUAGUUUUCCUGGCGCUAUGUACCGACAGCAGCACAAUAGCUCUGUACAUUGCACUAGGAUGGGGUCUACCCGUCUUGGUAGUAGUGCCAUGGAUUGUAUUUCGCGCGACUAUUGAAGACACUCUCUGUUGGACCACUCAUAAUAAUUCCUCGCUGUUUCUCAUCAUAAGAAUACCAAUGAUUAUAUGUAUUUUGUUCAAUUUUCUACUGUUUCUCAAUAUUGUUCGCGUCCUGUUGGUGAAGUUGAAGACGUCGGUGCAUCUGCAGCGGAAGAAAAUGAAAUACAAAAGAUGGGCAAAAUCAACUCUAGUCCUAUUACCACUCUUCGGUAUACACUACACAAUUUUCUUGGGAUUAUCCUACCACAAGGACUACCGGGUUGAGCUUGUAGGGCUCUUUUGCGAUCAACUAUUCGCAUCCUUCCAGGGCGCCUUCGUGGCUUUUCUUUAUUGCUUGCUAAACGGCGAAGUCAGAGCAGAAAUACGUCGAGUAUGGAAGACUCGACGAUCAAAAAGGGAGGUCGAUUUCUUCAUCUCUGGACAUACGAAAAAUUCAAGAGACGGAAUCAAUCGAAAACGGCAUCGAUCAGAGGACGAUGAUGGUACCAAUUUCACGAUAACAGCUAUGAAAAAAUUGCCGGUGGAAAGUAUCAAGUAG